UAUCCCACAUCAAAAUUUCAAAACUUGUUGAAGCAAAACUUUGUCACUAUCCAUGGCAGAGUUAGAGAGUCCAAUGAUGCCAAAACUCAUAAAUUUUCUCUCUUCACUUCUUGAAAGAGUUGCUGAAUCAAAUGAUGAAACACAAAACCAUCAUAAGAUCUCUAUUUUUCAUGGUUUGUCAAGACCAAACAUCUCAAUUCAAAGCUAUCUUGAGAGAAUUUUCAAGUAUGCAAAUUGUAGUUCUUCAUGCUUCAUUGUUGCUUAUGUCUACCUUGAUCGUUUCACUCAAACUCAACCUUCUUUGCCUAUCAACUCCUUCAAUGUUCAUCGCUUGUUGAUUACUAGUGUUAUGGUUGCUGCUAAAUUCAUGGAUGAUGUGUGCUACAAUAAUGCUUAUUAUGCAAAAGUUGGAGGAAUCACCAAAACGGAGAUGAAUUUUCUUGAGUUGGAUUUCUUGUUUGGUUUAGGUUUCAAUUUAAAUGUAACACCAGUCACAUUUCAAGCCUAUUGUGUUCAUCUCCAAAGAGAAAUGCUACAAAUGCAACCUCUAGUUUUUGAAGAUUCUACACUAAGUUUAGCAAAAUCACUAAAGGCUCAUUUAUGCUUGAAUGAAGAUGAAUCUUCCCAUCAAAAUCAACAACAGCUAGCUGUUUGAUUUAUGCAUUUUCUCAAUGCAUGUAGUAGAUUGAUUGGUUGACUAGUUGUGUAAAUGUAGUGAAUCUCUUACUUAUUGGCAAUUUUAAAGUACUUUUCCUUAUGGGUUCCUUUCA